UGUGAAGGUCUUGCUUGUGGAUGUCCCGGGCUCUGCGAGUCUUUACACUGUCAGCGCUGCUUCGUAACUGCAGGGGUUUGUUUUCUGAGAACAAUGAAGAGGCUGUUUCUUGUUGAACCUGUGGUUGCCCUGUACACUCUGCCUAAUUUGGCAGAUGAACUCUUAAUGCAGCAAUAUAUUUAUCGUAGGAUAUGGACAAGGGAAACUAACAGCAGCUAUGUUCAGAAUGAAAAUAAUUCUUACUGCUACCAGAACCACAGUGACCCAGUGUACUUCAAACAAGAGGUGGUCCAGGGAUUAUCAUCUCACUUCUUUAUGUAUGUGACUUUGAUUCAGUUCCUACCCAACUUCAUCGUUACCUUCACAUUGGGCUCCUACAGUGAUCACUACGGACGCAGAUUAUCUCUCCUCCUCCCUACUAUUGGGGCUCUGAUUAGCAGCCUGGCUUUUUUAGCAAUGACCUACUUUUCUUGGCCUAUUCACUUUCUUUUUAUACCCGUUGCGCUAAGUGCAUGUUUUGGCGGCUUCACAACUCUGUUUGGAGGAGCUUUUGCCUAUGUAGCAGAUGUGAGCUCUAGUGAGCACAAAAAUAUGCGCAUGGCAUUGCUGGACAUGAUCGUUGGCCUAAUGGGUGGCAUCGGGACAAUAGCAUCUGGAUACUUGUUAAACACAUUAGGCUUUAAUUGGUUAUUCUUGAUUGCCUCAUUAAUUAAUUUUGCCAAUGUUGUGUAUAUCAUCUUUUUCCUUGAUGAGAGUGUCCAAGUGUCGAGAGAUGAGCAAAAUGAAGGAUCAGGCAAUGGAAAAUUCCGAGUAAUAUUUGCUGGAAUUUUAAAUCUAUGGACUAGUUCUAAUUUUAGAAAACGUGUUCAAAUUAGUCUCAUGCUUCUUACUUUUUCAGUCUAUGCACUUGCUUCAUUUGGUUCUGGUGGACUUUUUACUCUUUAUGAAUUGAAUGCGCCUCUUUGUUGGAAUGCGGUACUUAUUGGAUAUGGCUCUGCAGCUGGACUAAUUACAUUUCUUACGAGUUUUCUGGGAGUGGCUCUAUUUUCCCGCUAUAUUGAAGACCAUUUUAUAGUUCUUAUUGGGACAUUAUCCUUGGCUGGAGGAAUGAUCACGGCUAUCUUUGCCACUACUACACCGGUCAUGUUUCUGGUGAGACUGGUUUGUCUUUUUGCUGUCAUGCCACUCCCUGUCCUACGAUCAAUGAUGUCCAAGAUAGUCUCACCUAAGGAUCAAGGUGUUCUGUUUGCCUGUGUUGCUUGUCUUGAAAAUUUAAGUGCUACCGUUUCCUCCAUAGUUUUCAAUAAUGUUUAUGCUGCCACCAUCCAUGGAUUUAAAGGCUUCAGCUUUAUGCUAGCAGCUUGUUUAUGCCUCAUUCCAAUUUGUAUUAUGUGUUUCUUAUUCUGGUGGAGGCCUCAAGAGGAAGGUUAUGCUGGACUGACAACCAAUGAAGACAGCAGUUAGUUCUCAUGCAAGCUUUGGUUAUCUUGUCUGACCAUUUUCAAAGCCUCUCCAUGUGCCAAUCUAUUUGCUUGUUCAUAUUACACAAAAAUAGGAUGUUUAUACAGUUUUGCUUACAAUUCAAAACUGAGAUUUUGAGCAAUACCAUUAUUACCACUAGUUGUAGGUACUCCGACUAUCCAAUCCAGUCUGAUUCAUUUAGCACUACCCCUUUCAAAGAGUAAAUGAAAUUGCUGAGACAGAAUAAUUAGAGUGUAGGCAAAAGCCAAAUGCUAAAUGUUGGAAAUCUCAAACCAAAACUGCAAUAAGGAGAGACGGUAUCUUAGAAAGGUCCUCAAACAAGGCUUUGUGGGUAGAACUAAGGAAGGUUAAGGGGGUAGCUAUUUGACUGGGAGUAUACUAUAGGCUUGCAAGAGUCAGUGGGAAAUAGAGGAACAAAUAGGUAGACAGUUCACAGAGGUGUGCAAGAAUAAUAAUCAGGUAUGGUCUAACAUACGAGGAAUGGCUGAGGAUCCUGGGAUUGUAUUCAUUAGAGCUUAGAAGAUUAAGGGGAGACUUAAUAGAAACUUACAAGAUAAUACAUGGCUUGGAAAGGGUGGACGCUAGGAAACUUUUUCCGUUAUGUAAGAUUGAUAAGUCUCCGGGGCCUGAUGGUCUACAUCCCAGGGUACUGAAGGAGGUGGCUCGGGAAAUCGUGCAUGCGUUGGUGGUUAUUUUCCAGAGUUCGAUAGAUUCGGGGUCGGUUCCUGAGGAUUGGAGGGUGGCUGAUGUUAUACCACUUUUUAAGAAAGGUGGGAGAGAGAAAGCAGGAAAUUAUAGACCAGUUAGUCUGACCUCAGUGGUGGGAAAGAUGCUGGAGUCUAUUAUAAAGGAUGAAAUUACAGCACAUCUGGAUAGUAGUAACAGGAUAGGACAGAGUCAGCAUGGAUUUAUGAAGGGGAAAUCAUGCUUGACUAAUCUUCUGGAAUUUUUUGAGGAUGUAACUCUGAAGAUGGACGAGGGAGAUCCAAUAGAUGUAGUGUACCUGGACUUUCAGAAAGCUUUUGAUAAAGUCCCACACAGGAGGUUAGUGAGUAAAAUUAGGACGCGUGGUAUUGGGUGCAAAGUACUAGAUUGGAUUGAAAAUUAGUUGGGUGAUAGGAAACAAAGGGUAGUGAUAAACGGCUCCAUUUCGGAAUGGCAGGCAGUGACCAGUGGGGUACCGCAGGGACCUGUGCUGGGACCGCAGCUUUUUACAAUAUAUGUUAAUGACAUAGAAGAUGGUAUCAGCAAUAACAUUAGCAAAUUUGCUGAUGAUACAAAGCUGGGUGGCAGGGUGAAAUGUGAGGAGGAUGUUAGGAGAUUACAGGGUGACCUGGACAAGUUAGGUGAGUGGGCAGAUGCAUGGCAGAUGCAGUUUAAUGUGGAUAAAUGUAUGGUUAUCCACUUUGGUGGCAAGAACAGGAAGGCAGAUUACUACCUCAAUGGAGUCAAUUUAGGUAAAGGGGCAGUACAGAGAGAUCUGGGUGUUCUUGUACACCAGUCAAUGAGGGCAAGCAUGCAGGUACAGCAGGUAGUGAAGAAGGCUAAUAGCAUGCUGGCCUUCAUAACAAGAGGAACUGAAUAUAGAAGCAAAGAAGUGCUUCUGUAGCUGUACAGGGCCCUGGUGAGACCACACCUGGAGUACUGUGUGCAGUUCUGGUCUCCAAAUUUGAGGAAAGACAUUCUGGCUAUUGAGGGAGUGCAGCUUAGGUUCACAAAGUCAAUUCCUGUAAUGGCGGGAUAAUUUACACAAAGACUGAAGCGACUGGGCUUGUAUACCCUUGAAUUUAGAAGACUGAGAGGGGAUCUGAUUGAGACAUAUAAGAUUAUGAAAGGAUUGAACACUCUGGCAGCAGGAAACAUGUUUCCGCUGAUGGGUGAGUGCCGAACCAGAGGACACAGCUUAAAAAUACGGGGUAGACCAUUUAGGACAGAGAUGAGGAGAAACUUCUUCACCCAGAGUGUGGUGGCUGUGUGGAAUGCUCUGCCCCAGAGGGCAGUGGAGGCCCAGUCUCUGGAUUCAUUUAAGAAAGAGUUCGAUAGAGCUCUCAAAGAUAGUGGAAUCAAGGGUUAUGGAGAUAAGGCAGGAAGAGAAUACUAAUUAGGAAUGAUCAGCCAUGAUCAUAUUGAAUGGUGGUGCAGGCUCGAAGGGCUAAAUGGCCUACUCCUGCACCUAUUGUCUAUUGACCUGUGGACACAGCCUUAAAAUUAGAGGGGAUCAAUUCAGAACAGAAAUGCGGAGACAUUUCUUCAGGCAGAGAGUGGUGGGCCUGUGGAAUUCAUUGCCGCAGUGUGCAGUGGAGGCCUGGACACUAAAUGUCUUCAAGGCAGAGAUUGAUAGAUUCUUGAUUUCUCGAGGAAUUAAGGGCUGUGGGAAGAAUGUGGGUUAGUGGAGUUGAAAUGCCCAUCAGCCAUGAUUGAAUGGCGGAGUAGACUCAAUGGGCCGAAUGGCCUUACUUCCACUCCUAUGUUUUAUGGUCUUAUGUAUACUAGGGGAUUUUAUCCUGUCCAACAUGAAUCAGAUAGUCAUAGUGUUAAGAGUUUAGAGGUGGCAGGUUUCUUGAAAUGUAUCUGGGAAUUUUUUAAAAUCAAUAUGUAGAAGGCCCAACGAGGCACAGUGCAGUGUUGGACCUGGUUCUGGGGAAAGAAGCUGGACAAGUGUUUGAUGCGAUAGUGGGGGAAUAUUUAGGUGAUAGCGACUACAACACAGUAUGGUUAAAAUUUGUACUGGACAAGGAAAAACAUGGCGCGCAAAAGCACUAGAUUGGGAGAAGGCAGUAUUUAUUAAAAUAAAGCAGGAUCUGACCACCAGGCUCUGGGAACAGCUCCUUCCUGGGGUAGGGGGGUGGCCUUCAAAAGGGAGCUGGGAAGAUUACAGGUCCAGUAUGUACCCUUUACAUGGAUACAUGUACUCUUUACAUAGGAGGAAUAUGUUCAGAGAACUCUGGAUGUCUAGGACAGUUCAGGUCUGGAUAAAGAAGAAGAGUAUUGCUUUUAGCAAGUCCAAAGGAAGCAAUUCAGCUGCAGCCGUAGAGAAAUAUAGGAAGUGCAGGAGGGGACUCGAAGCAGUUAGAAAAGCAAAAAGGGGGCAUAAGGAAGGACUUGCAAACAGGAUUAGAGAGGAUACUAAGAUACUUUAUAAGUAUUUAAAGGGAAGAAGUUAACCUGGGAAAGAGUAGGGCCCAUUAGGGACCAAGGGAGAAUCUGUGUGUGAAGUCACGGGAUGUUGGAAGGGUGUUGAAUGAAUCCUUCUCUUCAGUCUUCACUCUCGAAAAGGAGAAUGUAGGUACGCAAUUCAGGAAAAGGGAUUGUAAGGAACCUGCAUAGUUUGACAUUGGAAAUGGGGAAGUAUUGGAGGCUUUGUCAGCCUUAAAAAAAAACAGAUAAAUCCCCUGGCCUGGAUGAAUUGCAUCUCAGGCUGCUGUGGGAGGCGAAGCAGGAAAUUGCAGGAGCUUUGACAUCAAUGUUUAAUUCCUCUCUGGCCAAGGGGUAGGUGCCAGAGGACGGCUAAUGUGGUUCCACUUUUUAAGAGAUUAACCAGGAAACUACAGACCAGUGAGUCUCACAUCAGUGGUACGAAAACUACUGGAGAAAAUUCUGAAGGAGUGACUUUACACCCACUUAAUUAGGAAUAGUCAGCGUGACUUUGUCAGAGGGAGAUCAUACCUAACAAAUUUGUUAGAAUUUUUGAAAAUGUGAUCAAGUGUGUGGAUGAGGGAAGUUCACUUGAUGUAGUUUAUAUGGACUUUAGCAAAGCUUUUGACAAGGUCCCACAUGGGAAACUGAUUGGGGGAAGGUGAAAUUGAGAGAAACUUCGUGAGAUGGAUCAGAAACUGACUUAAUAAUAGGACAAAGGGUAGUGGUAGAAGGCUAUUUGAGUGACUGGAGACCCGCAUCCAGUGGUCUACCACAAGGAUGGGUACUGGGACCCUUAUUGUUUGUUAUAUACAUACAUGAUAUAUUUGAAAAUAUGGGGGGAAUAUUAAGGAUAUUUGCAGACAACAUCAAGACUAGUAGAGUGGUUAAUAGCAAAGAAGAUGAUUGUGGGUUACAGGAAGAUAUAAAUAGGUUGGUCAGAUGGGCAAACUUUUUUUUUAAUGGGAUGACAGUGUUCACUGACAAGAACAGCAUUUGUUGCCCAUCCCUAAUUGCCCAGAGGACAGUUAAGAGCCAACCACAUUGAUGUGGAUCUGGAGUCGCAUGAGGUCAGACCACGUAAGGAUGGCAGUUUCCUUUCCUAAAGGACAUUAGUAAACUAGAUGGGUUUUUCCACCAGUUGACAAUGGAUUCACACUCACCAUUAGAUUCUUAAUUCCAAAUAUUUGUUGAAUUCAAAUUCUACCAUAUGUCACAGUGGGAUUCAAACUCUGCUUCCCAGAAUAUUACCUUGGUCUCUGGAUUAACAGUAUAGCAGUCAUAUCACUUGGUCAUCACCUCCCUGAUAAAUGCAAGGUAAUGCACUUUGGAAGAAGAAACAAGAUGAGGGAGUAUUUAGUGAAUGGCAGGACAUUGGGUAGCUUAGAGAAAGAGAGGGAUCUUGGGGUAAUUAUUCACAGAUCCCUGAAGUCGGCACGGCACACAAAUAAGAUAGUUAAGGCAUAUGGGACACUUGCUUACUUAGUGUAUGCAGUUCUGGUCAUCUCAUUCCAAGAAGGGUGCGAUUGAACUUGAGGAAAUACAGAAGGGGUUCACCAGGAUGUUGCCUAGGAUGGAGAAAUUGAUCUAUAAGGAGUGACUAGACAGGUAUGGUUAGUUUUCUUUAAAGCAGCGAAGACUAAGGGGGGGCGGAGGUGUAUAAGAUCGAGAGGUAUGGACAGGGUUAAUAGAUAGCAGCUGUUCCUCUUGGUUGAGGGUUUGAUCACAAGAGGACACAGUUGUAGGGUAAAGGGGCAGAAAAGUCAGAGAAUUGGGGCAAAAAAGCGUUUUUACUCAAAAGGUGGUGGGAAUCUGGCAUGCGCUACCUGGGAAAGAGGUGGAUAUGGGAAUCCUUACAACGUUUGAAAAAGAUAUUUGGAUGAGUACUUCAAAUAUCAUAAUAUUCAAGGAUAUGGGACACUUGCAGGAAAUUUGGAUUCAUGCACUUUUAGUUGUAGUUAUGUUGGUACAGACUCGGUGGGCCGUAGAUAUGAAUCUAUGGAAAAACAAACCAGUCUAUUUUAUACAGAUGUGAGGAAAUUUUCUAUGGUACAUUUUUGUUAGAAAAUGGUUUUCAAUUAAUUGUCAGAAGGACUGGGUAGUGAGGGAAGGAUGUUUGAGCACUUUGUUCCAUUAUACUGACUGAUGGGAUAAAGAAAUCUCUAUUUCUAAUGGAUUUUAUGCACUUUCAACCCAGUUUCAGAGGAUUAAACAACAUCUAGUUUAAUUGAAACAAAGGAGCAGAAGUUUUCAAUUUUCUGAAUGGAAUUUUAAAUGAA